AUGUUGCUCCCGCAGGCCAAACCCCUCAUGUUACUGCUCCCGCAGUCCAAGUUCCCUGACACAAUGUUGCUGCUCCCGCAGUCCAAACUCCCUGAUACAAUGUUACUGCUCCCGCAGUCCAAGCUCCCUGACACAAUGGUACUGCUCCCGAAGUCCAAACCCCAGGACCCCGCGGUCCAACCCCCUGACACAAUGUUCCUGCUCCCGAAGUCCAAACCCCAUGCCCCCGCAGUCCAACCCCCUGACCCAAUGUUACUGCUCCCGCAGUUCAAAACCCCUGACACAAUGUUCCUGCUCCCGAAGUCCAACCCCACUGACACAAUGUUACUGCUCCCGCAUUCCAAACCCCUCAUGUUACUGCUCCCGCAGUCCAAGCUCCCUGACACAAUGUCCAAACCCCCUGACACAAUGUUUCUGCUCCCGCAGUCCAAACCCCUCAAUUUACUGCUCCCGCAGUCCAAACUCCUCAUGUUACUGCUCCCGCAGUCCAAGUUCCCUGACACAAUGUUGCUGCUCCCGCAGUCCAAACCACUAUUAAAUCCAGAUGUUCCUGCUCCCGCAGUCCAAGCCCCCGGACACAAUGUUACUGCUCCCGCAUUCCAAACCCCUCAUGUUACUGCUCCCGGAGUCCAAACCCCCUGA